AUGAGCACAGCCCUGGGCAGCCCACCUCAGCGCAGCCCUCCUCAGCGCAACCCACCUCAGUGUAGCCCUCCUCAGCGCAGCCCACCUCAGCGCAGCCCUCCUCAGCGCAACCCACCUCAGUGUAGCCCUCCUCAGCGCAGCCCACCUCAGCGCAGCCCUCCUCAGCGCAACCCACCUCAGUGUAGCCCUCCUCAGCGCAGCCCACCUCAGCGCAGCCCUCCUCAGCGCAACCCACCUCAGUGCAGCCCUCCUCAGCACAGCCCACCUCAGCGCAGCCCACCUCAGCUCAGCCCUCCUCAGCGCAACCCUCCUCAGCACAGCCCACCUCAGUGUAGCCCACCUCAGCGCAGCCCUCCUCAGCGCAGCCCUCCUCAGCGCAGCCCACCUCAGUGUAGCCCACCUCAGCGCAGCCCUCCUCAGCGCAACCCACCUCAGUGUAGCCCACCUCAGCGCAGCCCACCUCAGUGUAGCCCACCUCAGCUCAACCCUCCUCAGUGUAGCCCACCUCAGCGCAGCCCACCUCAGCGCAGCCCACCUCAGCGCAGCCCACCUCAGUGUAGCCCACCUCAGCGCAGCCCACCUCAGCUCAACCCUCCUCAGUGUAGGCCACCUCAGUGUAGCCCACCUCAGCGCUGUGCACAGCCAGGCGGCCACGGAGUGCCAUAG